GUGGUGGCACGUUGCGUGGAGGGAAACAGGAAUCUGUGCAGACAAAUAUCAUCAUCACCACGUGAACCCGUGCGCGAGCGAGCAAUCAACCCCCCCUCCUCCCGCGCGACACGCGCAGCAGUCUCCGGGACUGUAUAAAAGCCCUCAGUCACCGUUCGGGGAGCACGGAGGAAGCUCAACCUCAGGUGUAUCUAUCUUAUCUAACAACCAUGAAGGCUGUAGCUCUGAUCCUUGCUCUGGCAGUCAUCACUGGCUGCAAUGCCCGUGCUGUGCGUCAGGCUGAUGCCACCCCAGACCGCUGGGAGGACACAGUGGAUCGUUUCUGGCAGUACAUCUCUGACCUGAACCAAAAAGCUGAUGGGGUUGUGCAGGACAUCAAAGCCUCUCAGCUCAGCAGGGAGCUAGACACUCUGAUCACUGACACCAUGGCAGAGCUGGCAACAUACAGAGAUGACAUCCAGACCAAGCUGACCCCCUACACCCAGAGCUCCACUGGCCAGCUCACUCAGGACCUGCAGCUUCUGGCCAACAAACUCCAGAAGGACAUGCUGGAUGCCAAGGAGCGCAGCACUGAGUAUCUGGGUGAGCUCAAGACCAUGAUGGAGCAGAACGCUGACGACGUUAACAGCCGCAUCAACACCUACACCCACAAGCUGAAGAAGCGCCUGAACAAGGACACUGAGGAGAUUCGCAACACCGUGGCCACCUACCUGGGUGAGCUGCAAUCCCGUGCCUCCCAGAACCUGGACACGGUGAAGGAGCAUGUUGAGCCCUACGUCCAGCAGGCCAGCGACACUGCCACCAAGAAGCUGAGCGACAUUUCCACCAUACUGAAGAGCCAGGCCGAGGGCUUGGGCCAGCAGCUGGAGACCCAGGCUGAGGGCCUCAAGACCCAGUUGGAGUCCACUGCCCAGGACCUGCGCGCCUCCUUGGAAGGCAAGAUCGACGAGCUGACCGAGCUGUUAUCCCCAUAUGCCACCCAGAUCCGUGAGCAGGUCGAGAACAUCAUGGACAAGGUCAAGGAGACCGCCUAAAGAAAGACUCUGAGGGUUUUGUAAGGGUUGUAGUUGGUUGGUGGUGUAAACCACUGAUUUCUUAAUACCCUGGCAAAGAAGGGAAAGGGGGAGUUGAGAGUUACAGAUGAUAUCUUCAUAUGGGUGCUCUAUUGUUCAGGGUAAGGGGGUUGAUGAGAUGAAGAAGGGAGAAUGAGAUGCGUUUUUUACAGAGCAAUCAGCAGAUAAACGUUUAGGUUCUUUCUUCUCUUAUUGACUCCUUUGAUCACUGAACACAAGCACCCCAGUCGAUAACAGCCUUUAAUACACAAACAGGAGACAAUUAUUUGUAAUAUGCUUCGCUUUUCUACUUUGAAUUAACUGUUUUAGCUGCCCCCGCUUUUGUUUCCUAAAUUUUGUUUGGUUGUAAAUAUAACUGCUGAGUUUGAGCCUGAUAGGCAGGGAUUCCAGCCUGUAUCAUCCCUAAAUGCACCAAACACAAAUGUCUUUCAUUUCAAUAAAUGCACUGAAUUUUUCUAGAGGUGACACUGAACCACUAAAGUGCCCUUCUGUAUUGUCUGCAUUUCUUGUUGUUGUGCUUCACAGAGAAGUGGAAUGUAAAAUGACUUCAUGCAAUUAUGACAAUCAGUGAGUAAAGUGUAAUGCUGCCUGUCUGUUCUUCAGUCUGACUAUAGAUUAUCCCUUGUCUCAUAUGCCCACCAUGCUGCUCACUGUUAGUGCACUGCCUGUGGCUACAGUGCACUGAACAGUGCUGAGUGAAUAAAGAACCUAGAAAAGA